AUGCUCGUGAGUAACUAUAUCCAACAUGCCGAAUCGGGGCUUCAUACGUUUGCCCAAUUGGCUCACCAUUAUACUAUUGAAACUGAGGAAGAUAGCAUAGAUGUUUCUUGCACGACUAUUCCAUUGAUUACAUCAGAAAUAGGGGUAUACUACUCUGUUGAGAAUAUAUGUGUUCGAUUUUCCCUGACUCCUCAACAUGUCAUAUCGUUGCAAAAGUUAAACCACCAUUCAGGUGUGGCAAAUAUUCCUACUGCAGCCGAAAUAUGA